GGCGGCGGCGAGGAUGGAGCGAAAGCGCAGUGUGGACGUGGGUCCGGAGGCGGGGCUCGACGACGGGGACCCCGUGGAGAAGAAGCGGCUCCUGCUGUGUGCGGACUUCUCCACCAUCGCCAGCUGCGAGGCCGCCGUGGCGCGGCGCUACCUGACCGAGAACGCCUGGGAGAUGGAAAGGGCGCUGAACGCCUACUUCGAGCCGCGGCCGGAGGAGGGCGCCGUCCCACACCGCGCGGAGACCGCGCCCGGGCCGGGGUCUUGCGUUGACCUGACCAGUGAGGACCCAGCCUCGCCCACGCGCCCGGGGAGCCGCACGCCCGAGCAGCCCGCCCAGCAGGAGGACGGCAGCGCGUUCUCCUUGAUCACCUGGAACAUCGACGGGCUGGACCCAUGUAACCUGCUGGAGAGGGCCCAGGGGGUGUGUGCCUUCCUGGCGCUGUACGGCCCGGACGUGGUGUUUCUGCAGGAAGUCACUCCCCCGUAUUACAGCUUCCUGAAGAAGAGAGCCAGCAAUUACACCAUCAUCACAGGUCACACGGAAGCAUACUUCACGGCCAUAAUGCUGAAGAAAUCGAGAGUGACGUUUAAAAGCCAAGAGGUUGUUCCUUUUCCGAAAACACAAAUGAUGAGGAACCUUUUGUGUGUGCAUGCCAGCGUGUCGGGGAACGGGCUGUGCCUCAUGACGUCCCACCUGGAGAGCACCAGGGAGCACGCCCAGGAGCGGAUGAACCAGCUCAGGACGGUGCUGAAGAAGAUGCAGGAGGCGCCGGAGUCGGCCACCGUGAUAUUCGCGGGAGACACGAACCUAAGGGACCGCGAGGUUGCCCAGUGCGGCGGUCUGCCGGGCAGCGUCUCGGACGUCUGGGAGCUGCUGGGCCGGCCCAAGCACUGCCAGUACACGUGGGACACGCAGGCGAACUCCAACCUGGGCCUGCGCGCCGUCAGCAGGCUCCGCUUCGACCGCAUCUUCUUCAGGGCGGCCGCGGACGGCGGCCACCUCGUGCCCCGGAGCUUGGACCUCCUGGGGCUGGAGAAGCUGGACUGUGGCAGGUUUCCCAGCGACCACUGGGGCCUCCUGUGCUGCCUGGACGUGAUCCUGUGAGGUGCCUCCCCAGCGCCAGUCCCCCACCCGCUCCGAGCGGUUCCGCGCCGGGGGUUCUCAGACACACAGUGACCCUGCCCGUUGGGGAGGCCGCGUCUCGUGUGCGGGAGGUAACGGCCCGCACCCCUGGAGGAGGAGGAGGAGACACACUGCUGUGCUUCCACCUGUGAGCUGUGUCCUCAGGUCUCAGAACUGGACGCUGGCGUGUAUCUCAGCGAAACUCCUGUGCUCGGAACGGCCGGGGCCUCUCGGCGACCGGGCACGGAGGCCGUCGGGGCCGGGUCGCCUGUGCCUAGGCCAGUCUUCAGAGGUGACUUACUUUAAACACCACCAACCCAAACCAGCUCGUACGUUAAGUGAGUCUACAGAAGGAGAAAACGGGCUGUUUCCGAGUCCUUCGGACUGGACCUGUGGUCCCAUUUCACAAACCGCGCGGAUCUCGCCCAGAGCCACGCUCGUCUGUCUGCCUGGGAGUGGACGGCCGCCCUGCCGCGUCGGAGAGGGGGUGUGGCUCACCGGGCCUGACCGAGAGCUGUGCGUGAGCUCGUGCUUCCCCAAGACUUUCCCACAUUCACGGCCACGGCUGUGUCGCCAAGAGAGCGGAGUGAGGCUCGGCAAGGGUGGAAGCCACUUUCAUGGCCGCAGCGGGCUUUUUCCCGAGAGAAUACUUGUGUAAAGAGAAAUACCUUUAGUUUUGCUACUCGAACAUGGAAUUGUGUUACAAGAUUUAAGGAGCACUUUUAAAUGUGCUUUAAGGAAACUUUUUCCCCCAUAAGAGAAAAAUUUUACUUGUUGGUAGUGUGUUUUGGAGUCGUAACAGGAUUCAUGUUCCCCUCCUUCCCUUCGGGCUCCACCCCCGCAGCCGCACCUGUGUGUGGGGACGGGGCGGGGGGGGGGGGGGGGUGAGCAGGGCUGUGUCUGCACCGCCUCUGGCUGGCCAGGCGAGCCCGGGCUGGGCUGGCUUCUCAGCUUAGAAAGGAAAGCCGUUGAGAGGGGUCACCAGAGGGAGCUGUAGCAGAGCCUUAUCUUUAGCAGGGGCAUCAAAACGAACAAGUAAAACACCUCAGAAAAGACCAGCUGAAUGUAUACAGAAUAUUGUCUUUGUAGUGACGAGGGAAAGGAGUUUUAUAUGGGAAUUACAAUUUUAAUUAUUAAAAAUAAAAUGAGGGUGUUAA